AUGUCUACUCCGUCAAAAAGUGUAACGACACCAUCAAAAAGGCGUACACCAGCAAAACAGACUCCGUCUUCAUCACAACGGACUCCUGCUAAACGACGUAAUCCAUUAACAGCAUUACAAGAGGAUGAGGGAGCUGCUCCCAGUCCUACUGGAAGCCUUGUACAGAUGCCUGUUACACCAAUGUCAACAAGAACAACACCCGCAAAAAUGAUGAUUCAGUCGGGAUCCACAUUUUCUCCUAUGACUUUUUUUACGUCACCGGCUCAAGCGGGUGGUGGUCGGACACCAAUGUCGACACCAUCUCGUCCACGAUCAGAUUUAGGAAGCGUGCGAAAACUACGUUUAGUCAAUGAAAAUGAUGAACUGGACGCGAUUGAUGGUGCAGCGACAGCAACAAAUACUGCUGAUAAUCAAGUUGUUAUAUGGGGGACAGAUGUCCAUGUUAACGAAUGCAAACGUCGUUUGGUAUUAUUUUUAAAGAAAUUUCAUUUGUCUGUUGAAGAUGCUCGCUUGGAAGGUGUUGAUCCAAAUAAACCUUAUUAUAUGCAGAAAUUGGAAGAGAUUCAUUUACUUGAGCGACCAUUUCUAAAUAUUGAUUGUUCUCAUAUGAAAGAACUCGAUUCAACGAUGUAUCAACAACUCACCUCAUAUCCACAAGAAGUCAUACCAAUAUUUGAUAUAGCCGUGAAUGAACUAUAUUUCACAAUCUAUGAAGAUGAUACAUUACCUCAUCAAAUACAAGUUCGACCAUAUAACGUCGAUACGUAUCGAAAUAUGCGUUGCCUUGAUCCCGAAGAUAUUGAUAAACUAGUUACAUUAUCGGGCAUGAUUAUUCGUUCAUCGUUGAUUCUGCCUGAAAUGCGUGCUGCUUACUUUCAAUGUAAUACAUGUGAAUUUCAUGUACAAGUAGAAAUUGAUCGUGGACGUAUCGCUGAACCAACGGUUUGUACUGCAUGCAAUACGGCCCAUUCAUUUGAGCUCAUUCAUAACCGAUCAUUGUUUGCUGAUAAACAAUUUAUUAAACUACAAGAAACACCAGAAGAAAUGCCGGCUGGACAAACACCCGUAACGGUCACUGUCGUAUCACACAAUGAUCUUGUUGAUGCUGUGCAACCAGGUGAUCGUGUCCAUGUAACUGGUAUUUUUCGCGCUGUGCCCGUACGUCUCAAUCCAAAAGCACGUAAUGUUCGUUCAGUUUAUCGUACAUACAUUGAUGUUAUCCAUUUUCGUCGACAAAAAGCAUUCACAUCCGAUGAUGACAGUGGUCAAAGAAAUGAAGAUGAAGAAGCAACUUCUUCGAAAUUUUCCAAAGAACGUCUUGCUCAAUUUCGUAAUCUCUCACAACGAAGUGAUAUUUACCAACUAUUAUCGAAUGCUAUUGCUCCAAGUAUAUUUGGUCAUGACGAUGUUAAAAAAGGUAUUUUGUUACAGUUAUUCGGUGGUACAAAAAAAGAUUUUUCAACAGUUGGUCGAAAAACAUUUCGUUCACAAAUAAACAUUUUGCUGUGUGGUGAUCCUGGUACGUCGAAAUCACAAUUACAACAAUAUAUUUAUCGACUUGUACCACGUGCACAAUACACUAAUGGUAAAGGAACAAGUGCCGUAGGUUUAACGGCGUAUGUCACCAAAGAUCCAGAGACUCAUCAACUAGUAUUACAAACUGGUGCAUUAGUUUUGGCAGAUAAUGGUGUUUGUUGUAUUGAUGAAUUUGAUAAAAUGAGUGAAAGUGCACGGUCAAUUCUUCAUGAAGUGAUGGAACAACAAACAUUAUCAAUUGCUAAAGCUGGAAUUAUUUGUACACUAAAUGCUCGAACAUCAAUAUUGGCUGCUGCAAAUCCCAUUGAAUCACAAUGGAAUAAACAAAAGACAAUAAUUGAAAAUAUUCAACUACCACCAACACUCCUAUCACGUUUUGAUUUAAUAUUUCUUUUACUUGAUCCACAAGAUGAAGCUUAUGAUAGACGAUUAGCACAGCAUUUAGCAUCAUGGUAUCAAUAUGGAAAAGAAGGUGAAACGGUUCAAGAAGCAAUGGAUGCUGAUUUACUUCGCGAUUAUAUUGCUUAUGCACGUACAUUUGUUGGUCCUCAAUUAACUGAAGCUAGUGGUAAACUAUUGGUAAGUUCAUAUGUUGAAAUGAGAAAAGUUGGAAGUGGAAAAGGACAAGUGUCAGCAUAUCCAAGACAAUUGGAAUCCUUAAUACGUUUGUCUGAAGCACAUGCAAAAAUUCGUUUAUCCGAUAAAGUUGAAGAAUUGGACGUUGAAGAAGCAAAACGAUUGUAUCGUGAAGCCUUAAAACAAUCAGCUGUUGAUCCCAAAACUGGUCGUGUUGACGUAGCUAUUCUUACCACAGGCAUAAGUGCUGGCGAACGCAGACGACGAGCUGAUCUUGCAUUAUCUCUUAAAAAAUUUAUUAAAGAACGUAAAACAAAUGUGACAACAAUUAAAAAAGAAGCAUUAUUCAAUGAAAUGCGUGAACGCUCCGAUGAGCGUAUAAGUCGAGAAAUGUUUGAUGAUGCAUUACGUGAUCUUGAAGAAGAUAAUUUCAUCGUUGUUACAGCACAAGCUAUUCGAAUUGUUACAUUGGGUGAUUCAAAUCUAGACUGA